CUUCUGACUAUGGUAUGAAACUGCCAAUCCUGCGGUCCAACGCAGAAGACCAGAUUCUGUACCAGACGGAGCGUUACAAUGAGGAGACCUUUGGCUAUGAAGUUCCCAUCAAAGAGGAGGGUGACUAUGUGCUAGUGUUGAAGUUUGCAGAGGUCUAUUUUGCACAGUCUCAACAGAAGGUAUUUGAUGUUCGCUUGAAUGGCCACGUGGUCGUGAAAGACUUGGACAUUUUUGACAGAGUUGGACACAGCACAGCUCAUGAUGAGAUCAUUCCCAUGAGUAUCAAAAAGGGAAAACUGAGUGUCCAGGGAGAGGUUUCAACAUUCACAGGAAAGCUGCACAUUGAGUUUGUAAAGGGCUACUAUGACAAUCCAAAAAUCUGUGCCCUAUACAUCCUGCAAGGAACAGUGGAAGAUGUUCCAAAGCUGCAGCCACACCCAGGUCUGGAGAAAAAAGAGGAAGAGGAUGAUGAAGAUGACUAUGAUGAUGGCUCCAGUGUUAAAAAACAGGCAAAUAAGAACCGGGUUCAAUCGGGCCCACGCACACCAAACCCCUAUGCCUCGGACAACAGCAGCCUCAUGUUUCCUAUAUUGGUGGCCUUUGGUGUCUUCAUUCCUACCCUCUUCUGCCUCUGCCGAUUGUGAGAGCAAGCCCCACAGUGCAUCAGCCCAGGGGCUGGGAGGGAAGGAGUUGGACCAAAUAUGGUUGCUUUCAAUUUC